GCUCCCGCCGCCCCAGUUCUCCCCCCCCCUUCCCUCCUCGGCCUCCCCCCAUCCCCGUCCCGGUGCGGCGCGGUCCAGCGGAGCGGCCGGGAGGCGCCUGUCACCUUCAGCGGGGCCGGCCCGGGCGGGAGGCGCGUGGCGGCGCCGCCAUGGUGCUCAUCAAGGAAUACCGCGUUAUCCUGCCUGUGUCUGUGGAGGAGUAUCAAGUGGGACAGCUGUAUUCUGUGGCAGAAGCCAGUAAAAAUGAAACUGGUGGAGGUGAAGGAGUGGAGGUCCUGGUGAAUGAACCCUACGAAAGAGAUGGAGAGCGUGGGCAGUACACACACAAGAUCUACCACUUACAGAGCAAAGUGCCAACGUUUGUGAGAAUGUUGGCCCCUGAAGGAGCUCUGAAUAUACAUGAGAAAGCAUGGAAUGCCUAUCCCUACUGCAGAACUGUUAUAACCAAUGAGUAUAUGAAGGAUGACUUCCUGAUCAAAAUUGAAACCUGGCAUAAAUCAGAUCUUGGAACACAAGAGAAUGUUCAUAAACUGGAGCCAGAUGUAUGGAAGAAUGUAGAAGCUAUUUAUAUAGACAUUGCUGAUCGGAGUCAAGUACUUCCCAAGGAUUACAAGGCAGAAGAAGAUCCAGCAAAAUUUAAAUCUGUCAAGACUGGACGUGGGCCUCUGGGUCCCAACUGGAAGAAGGAGCUGGGGAAACAGACAGAUUGUCCGUACAUGUGUGCUUACAAACUGGUAACAGUCAAGUUCAAGUGGUGGGGUCUGCAAAAUAAAGUCGAGAACUUUAUACAAAAGCAAGAAAAGCGUCUCUUCACAAACUUCCAUCGGCAGCUCUUUUGCUGGCUUGAUAAGUGGGUUGAUCUGACUAUGGAGGACAUUCGUAGGAUGGAGGAGGAGACGAAGAGGCAACUGGAUGAGAUGAGAGAAAAAGAUCCAGUGAAAGGAAUGACGGCUGCAGAUGACUAACGUGACUUCUUCCUUGUGCACUUUUGCAAGACAGUCAUCAGGAAGGCCCGGGGAAUCCACGCUCUUGACUGACGGACCAUCUCUGGAUCAAGCCUUUCUAUAUCCAAUCGGCAGGCGAUUUUAAAUCUCCCAUAGCUAAUUCUAGAUGCCCCUUAAUAUUGUGAGCAAAUAAACCGUCUGGUACUAAGCACUCCAAUGUUAGCACGUAUAUGAAGGAGGUAGCUCCUUGGAGACGUGUGACUUAGAGAUCGCUGUAUUUACAACUCCUCCCUCCUUUUUUUUCAUUGUGUUCAGACCAAUUUCCAUGUGGCUCUCUUUGAUUUCCAAGUGACAUUUUUAGCUAAAAUAGUCUUGUGAUGUGGUGACUUAGAUUUUUUUCUUUUUUUUUUUUUUUUUUUCAAGUGGGAUAAACUGCCACCUUUGUUCCUGCCCAGCCCUUCACCAUUCUUUGAAUGUCUAUUUGGAGAGGGAAACUGUCAGUAUUUUAGAGUGCAAAACUAUUCCACAAAAUGCUAUGCUCUGAUCCUUGCUCCCAGGGUAAGAAAUUUAAUAGCAUGUAAUCUGAAUACAUAAUCAGGAGUAGCCAGAUAUAGUUCUUGGUCUGUGAUGAAUUGUGAUGCGUUGCUUCUGCACGGCAUUACUUUGUUCUGUCUUAGCAUACAUGAAUUAAAGGCUGCGCAGAAGCUGCAUUCAGCGUCCCUGUGCUAGGGCCUUCAGCACAUAACUGUUGAGUUUCAAUUUAGUGGUACAUGGUCCCUUUGGCCCAUGUAGCUAUGUUGUCCUUCAGCUGUGUGUGUGUCCGUCUUACAAAAUCAUUAUGAAAAGUUGCUUGACGUAUGUUGCAACUUCCUGGUUAUUUACUAAGACUUCCCAAAACUUAACAAAGCUAAAAUUAUUUUGACUAAUACUAAGGUGAUUCUCCCUGGGCAAAUUGGAAUGUAGCAAAAGCUGGUGUACAAGUAAAGUCUUGGCAUCUGAUUACAUCCAGGUGCCUGGGUCAGUGGUUCUGCUCAGCAAUAAUAUUCUUCUGAUUGCAAGACUGACUAAAAUAUCUCCUUUCAUGCUAUAAAAAAGACACUUAGAAAGACCUGCAGUUGUUUUUUAGGGUAUCUGUCAGUUGUUAUAAAUUACAAAGGAUACUGUUAAUGUAAAGAGCUCUGGUUAUUUAAUGAACUCAAAUACUUACUGUAACUAUCCUUACGUUGAUAUCAGCUUUAGACAAUCAAAUAAGUAGAACAGAAUCAAAGAAAUGUUGCUUUAUUAAAAUACAUAUGAGGAAAAAAACCACUUUUUUUUUGCUUAUGCCUAAGGCCCAAUGUUUGAAUUUUUUUUUCCCUUUUUUUUUCUAGUAGUAAUCACUUCAUUUUCCACUUCUGUAUUUGGCAGCACUAACACGAAAUACUGAAUGCCAAACACAGUCGUGGGUGUAUCACCACUUUUGAGGAGUCUUCUUGGCAUUCUGGUAAUACAUCCGACUCCUUCAGCCCUUCACAUUCCUGCAAACAGGAGAUCCUGAAAUGAUCCCAAGCCGUGCUGAACAAGUCCGUGCUGGGAUCUGAACUGUUUUCAGUACGAGGGAAGAUGAGGCGUGCUCUGGAGGGAGAGGAUGGCGUUUGGUUUCUGGGGAGGGGGCAGUUUAUCCCUUUAUUUUCAGUUUGUUAUUUUGCCUUACUCAUGUCUAAGUGCAAUAAGCUCUGAAUUGUACCAGUAACUCUGGCAGGCUCUUCUCAGUGACCUCAGACAGUUUUGCGGGGUGGGGUUUGAGGGAUUUUUAGCAAUCUCACCAGGUAGAAGUAAAACAAAUUUACUGUAAAAUAGGUGAAGAAACUAAAUUUUAAUCUGCGAGGCUAUUUGGGACCAGGAUGUUUUGUGGCAUCUUCCUAUAGCUGUUCAAAAGUAUUAGAGGAGUGUAGGGGCCCCACUUAUAGUUUGUUCAGUUUAAAGUAUUUUUAACUGAGAAUUUAUGCACUGACUUCCGUUUGUGUUUGUCGGUUAUGUUUUGAGGGAUUCUUACACUCAAGGACAACCUGAGAAUACACAUAGCACACUUGUUCUUUCAAUUUGUGUUAUCCAAGAGGCUUUCUGUCCGAUGACACUAAUCGCUAUGGAAGCAGAUUGUAACAUUCCACCGUGCAAACCUUUCUGUUUGAUCCUCUGAUUUUAGAGUAAGAGCUUUUACACAAAGCUUUCCUCAUUAGUGGAAAAACUAGGGGGGGGGCGGAAAUAAUAAUAAUGCAGGAGCUCUGGCCUGAAUACUUCCCCCCUCCCUGCCCCUUGCUUUUUUUUUUUUUCCCUUCCAAUUUAAUCCACGGUGAAAGCAUCCCUCAGCCUUGGGGUAGAUAAAUCCUACAACAACCGUUGGGUCUCGAUGCUUGGUUCCUGCUAGUGAGCGUAGCGAAGAUCAGGCACCAUUUUGGCUGUAUUUUGGCUUUGGCAAGAGCUCCUCAGCCUGCUGGCUCCCGGCAGGGCGAUGGCUGGACUGUGGGUGUUGGGGGGCUGUGGUCGUGCCCUGACCCUCUCCCCACCACCCUGGGUGGGUUUGAGGGUGAUGGCUGUGCCGCGACCCUCUCCCCACCAGCACUGAGUGGGUUUGGGGGUGAUGGUCUUGCCCUGGCCCUCUCCCACCCCAGUGCUGGGUGGGCUUGGGGGCAAUGGCUGUGCUGUGGCCCUCUCCCCUCACCACACUGGGUGGGUUUGGGGGCGAUGGCCAUGCCAUGGCCCUCUCCCCCCCCCAGCGCUGGGUGGGUUUGGGGGUGAUGGCCAUUCCCCAGCCCUCUCUCCCCCCAGCGCUGGGUGGGUUUGGGGGCGAUGGCCAUGCCCUGGCCCUCUCUCCCCCCAGCACUGGGUGGGUUUGGGGGCGAUGGCCAUGCCCUGGCCCUCUCUCCCCCCAGCGCUGGGUGGGUUUGGGGGCGAUGGCCAUUCCCCGGCCCUCUCUCCCCCCAGCGCUGGGUGGGUUUGGGGGCGAUGGCCAUUCCCCAGCCCUCUCUCCCCCCAGCGCUGGGUGGGUUUGGGGGCGAUGGCCAUUCCCCGGCCCUCUCUCCCCCCAGCGCUGGGUGGGUUUGGGGGCGAUGGCCAUUCCCCGGCCCUCUCUCCCCCCAGCGCUGGGUGGGUUUGGGGGCGAUGGCCAUUCCCCGGCCCUCUCUCCCCCCAGCACUGGGUGGGUUUGGGGGCGAUGGCCAUGCCCCGGCCCUCUCCCCCCCGCCCUUGGUGGGUUUGAGGGUCCGAGGCUGGCACCUUGCCUCAGGCCGGUUUGCUGGGGGGUUUGCCCCCUGUCCCCACACCGCAGCUCUCUGGGUUCAUCCCCGCUGGGCCUCCCCGCCACAUUCUGGGUUCAUCGUGCUCUUUCCUUUGGCGACACACACUUUGUAGAAUGGGUUAGAUUUAUCUCGUUGUUUCUUUAAAUGUGAGUUUGUGCCUUUUUUGUCUCCUAAUCUUCCAAUACCGGCAUAUUGGAAACGAAAUCUAAUAAAAUACUAGACAGAG